GACACAAAUCAACGGUAUUUUUGACGGAAAACUUUAAAAGUAGAUAAAUUCAAACGUUAUUACGAGGACUUGAACAGAACAAAGAAUGCAGCCACAAAAAGUGUUUACUUUUCUUGGAGUUAUAGUGUGUGGGUCUGCUUUGCUCGUCCAGGCAGAUCCAUCAACAACCACAGCGGCCGAUGCAACGACUGCAAACACAACAGUAUCAAGUUCUCCAGUAGCAUCAUUAUCAGCUUCGGCUAAAACAACUUCAGGCGCAGGUGCAGGUUCAUCGUCUGUCACUUCUGGUGCUAAUACUACUGCCAGUCCUAGCGCAAUCACUACUGCGUUUGUGCCAUCCACUUGUACGGAAGGAACUUGCAAUGGAACAGACAGUAGCUGUCUAAAUGAUAUAAAAACAACAUGUCCAAUAUCAGCCCCAGACCAUUUUUGUCAAGUUUCAAUCGACAACAAUACAGUAACUGCAGGCUGUGUCACUAAACCUUGUACUGAAACGGCCACCUUAAAAUGUUGCCAAAGCGCGAGCUGCUCAAGUGGCCUGUUCAAGUCAAACACAGACAACAAGGACAACAAUGGCAACGGCAUUCAAGCCUGCAUAGCAACAAUCGUUACACUGGCAACGGUUGUCAUGACAAUGAUCAACUGAGUUCACUUUUGUUUUUCUUCCGCUGCAAUGAUGCAAUGAUCAGCGACAUUUAUAGAAGUUUAUUACAUUAUAGGAGUUGAUAAAACAUUAUUUCGACGAUUAAAUGUAUAUAAACUCAGAAAUGUAUGUAAUUAUCAAAGGUCUGAUUCGCUUGUAAAGAAAACUGGCCAGCCAAUUGAAGGUCUAUACAUAUGACGUCAUUUUGACAGAAUGUAACUUAAACCUGUUGAUUUUAACUUGGCCUUUUCUUUUCUAUCCGCUUAUUUCCAUUUGCUUUAAAUGUCUCCGUCCAUUGGCUUUAGUUUAUCAAUUGUUUUAGUUGCUUUAAUAAUAAAGUGUUGAAGAAAUA